CUCCAACUCUCGCGAGCGCACGGCGACUUAACACGGGCAAGAAGGAGAUGGAGAGAAAUGAGGUCUGAAAAGGACCAAAUGACCGCGGGUAAGCAGAAAGGCGUCGUGGAGAUACAGUUCAGCGACGUCUCGAGGGAGCAGGAGAACAUUACCGGUAACCUGAAGCAGAAAGAGGAGAAGAAGGAGGUUUUCACUAAGGUGGUGAUUCGAAGGCUUCCACCCAGCCUGUCAAAGGAGCAGCUAGAAGAGCUGCUCAGCCCACUUCCGUCUUAUGACUAUUUUGAGUUCUUCCCAGCAGAUCAAAGUCUUUAUCCCCACCUGUUCUGCAGAGCGUACAUCAAUUUCAAGAACCCUGAAGACAUCCUUCUGUUCAGGGACCGAUUUGAUGGCUACGUCUUCAUCGACAACAAGGGCCAGGAGUAUCCGGCCGUGGUGGAGUUUGCCCCCUUCCAGAAAAUCUCCAAGAAGAAGCUGAAAAAGAAAGAUGCAAAAACCGGGAGUAUUGAAGAAGACCCUGAGUACAAGCGGUUCUUGGAGAAUUACUCCUGUGAUGAGGAGAAGUCUAUGGCCAACCCCGAGACUCUGCUGGGAGAGAUAGAGGCCAAGACCCGAGAGCUCAUAGCUAAAAGAACGACGCCGCUUCUGGAGUACAUCAAAAAUAAGAAAAUUGAGAAACAGAGAAUACGAGAGGAGAAGAGGGAGGAGAGGAGGAGGAGGGAGCUGGAAAAGAAGCGACAACGGGAGGAGGAAAAGAGGAAGCGGCGCGAGGAGGAGAGACGCAAGCGGAAGGAGGCGGAGAAGCAGAAGAAAAUGUCCGACAAAGACAUCAAAAUUAAGCUCCUGAAGAAGAGUGACAGGGAUGAUGACGUGGACUCAGACCGAAUGAAGGAUAAAAGUGACGUAGGGGAGACGGACAGAUGCAAAUGGGAGAAAGCUGGGGGACAAACAAAGUCAAAGGACCCCAAGGAAAAAGGGCAGCCCGACAGCGACAAGGAGCAGCGGGAGCAGCACGGCCGCAGGCAGAGAGAUAAGGAGCACCGGGGGAAGGACGAGGAGAGGAAACGCCAGCGGCACCACUACGAGUUCGAAAAGUUCAUGCGCCGAAAAGACGAGACCAAAUGGGGGAAGGGCUACUGCCAGGACCGGGCCAAGAAAGAGGGGCACCACCAUGGCUAUUCCUACUGCCCCGAUAGUGGAGACAAACUGGGAAAGGAGGACAGGGAGGAGCUGGCGAACAGGAAGGAACGCCUCCGAAACAAGGUGAGCGAGAAGGACCGUCCAGCCAUGCAGCUCUACCAGCCGGGAGCGCGCAACAGGAAGCGCAUGAGCUCAGCCGGCAAAAGCUUUGACUGCAUCCCGGUGGGCCACUCCCCUGAACCCGGGACGGAGCAUUGCUAUGAGGCGGUUGCUAUGGCCACGGGGCUGGAGAAGGGUUUUGAGCCAAGCAAAGAUGAACAGUGACCCAUCUGGAUAAAACAUAUCGGAUUUGAGCCCAAAGUGAUGUUGGUGGAUUUGACAGGUCAUCGAGAUUAAGCAAAUAUAUUGAGGGGGGAGAUGGCACUAAGCAAAAGCAAACAAAUCUUUUAAUGGUUUGCAUCUGUAUUAUGUGUAACGGACAUUAAAGGUGUGAAUGUUGGUCACGGUUUUAGUUUUGAGUUUUAAGUGCUCACUAAAUAUUUUGACUCUCUGUUUAGUAUUCAAAGACUCCAAAUGGAAAAUACGGAGAACAGAGCCAGUGAACUUUGUUAAAUGCAGAUCUUCCCCACGUCUGUCGGCACAGACCAGUGCUGAUUGGAUUUUUUUUAAAAACACGAGAAUGAGAAAAUUGAAUUCUAAUUCAUAUAUGGAAAAGUGUGAAUCAUUGCAACCAAGAAAGGUCACAGACAGACACAGAGAAGCUCACUCACGCAUGCUAACACACACACACACACACACACACUAUCCAAUACUGGCAGAUAUAAUAAUGACAGUUCCCUUAGUGAGCACAAGCAGUGAGUGUCAGACAGUCUGAAGUGUGUCCCUGAGGCCGCUCUCUAGUCGUAUCCAGCACCAAUGUUCUGGCGAAACCACGACCUCGCCCUGCGCAACGCACCGUGUUGCUAAGCCUUUGUAGACUCCGCUGAACCUGGAUGUUUAAUAAUUCUAUAGAUUUUAUCAAAGUAAGAUACAACUUACAAGAAAUGUAUGUAGAAAAAAAUCACAGAUGAAAUCCUGUGUGUAUUUUUGUGUGUAGAGUCUAUUAUUUGUGUGCAAAGCUUUGUACCCGACCGCCCAUGAGCCAAGAAGAACAGAAUAUCUACGUAAAGAGGAAAUACAAAGUUGCUUAUUGGUACACAGAUAAAUGAAAACUAUUGGUCUUCUACAGUAUAAUUCUCUUAUGCAUUGUUUUCUAUCAGUUCUGGCAAUUAAACAUAAAUCAGAUAAAAUGUUGAUCAAGCCUCAUGUUGUUUUCGUCUACCAUGCCUCUAUUAUCACGAAGCUUUUCUUUUCUUGAAGUGGUGAGAAAAUAAAGCAGUGGCAUAAAAGACUAAA